AUAUCGCGAUGUUUUCAGCAGCUCUGGAAUCAGGUAUCUAGGAUUGAGGGGAAAAGUUUGCAAAGAGUCCCAUUAGGGGGCACCACGCCCUAUCCAUUCAUCCCUAUAAUCCAAAUCCAAUACAAUCCAAAUACAUCCAUCCAUCCAUCCGUAUCCGUUUGUCCUUAGCUGACGCGCCGUUCAAAUCGCAGUGCUACGUUGUUAGAAAUCAUGCCUAGUUCUCUGCCGAAAAAGCGUAGGAAAAUUUAUUUGGAGCCAGGUACGCCGUUUAUCGUCCCGAGGUCCACUCGUCUACGAAGGGAGCGAGCGCUCAGAGAGACAAGCGAGCAGGGCCGAAGGCAAACCGAUCGUGGUGCACAAGAAACCAAAGAAACUGGAUCUGUGGUGUGCACUACAUCCUCCGCCGCAGAGGCAAUACGUGACUCACGUGCAAGGCCGACAACAGGAAUAGCUCACAAUCCUCAAACUCCUGCUGUGCAAGGAAAUUCUUCGCAAGAUAAUGUGAAUGAGACUACUGUGCCUGGCCAACGAGUUGACCCAAGCGUGGAAGAUGGCGGCUAUGUAGACGACGUGCUUUUGUCCAGAGCGGAGGAUAAUGAUCCUGAUAUAUCCCGUGGUUGGACUGCGGUAUUUUCCGAAGCGGAAAUUUUGCAGCUUGCGGGCAACCUGGAGGAGUUUCAGCGUACGACAUUACCGUCGUCUUCGACCACGGUAGCUGAGGCAGUGACAAGGAUUUUGACAUUCGUUAAGUCACAUGGUCUUUCCUGGACUGCCUUUAACGAUCUUCUUCGGUUGCUGAACUCUUUCUAUGGGGGGUCAAGAAAUCUGCUGCCAUCAAGCAAGUACAUCUUCACGAAGCUCUGGACAAAUAAUGACAAGAAACCUUUCGCAAAUUUGCAGACAGCUGCUGACCCCAAGACGGAGAACACUGCUAAAAGGGAGCUAUUUAAAAGUACUGCCUCUGUCAAGACAUCACCUGGCUCAGAAAAUGAUAUGGUACCAAAAAAACUUUUGAAAGAGCAGCAAUCAAAUGUAAAAAAGGUACAGAAAGAGUGUGAGGAAAUCGAACGACAGCUGCUGGAAGAAAGAGUUCGUUGCCGAAGACUUCAAGAUGCGCUGCUGAACAAGAUUGAAGCGCUCGCAAGCCAAUCACCUGGUAUACCACUCCCCGACAAAGAAAAUGCAGAUAGCUCUGCCGCAUUGCCAGCCACACUUCCGGAUGUUUCAACGGUGUCCAAAAAAGCGGGAUUCCCAAGGAACACAGUGAGCUCUGCACCUGCAGCUGCUACAGCUAGUCAGCAGACUGCAGAAGACAGCAGUAAAGCGGCACUUGUGUCCAUUCAAGCUGCCUUGUGCAUCAGUAGGAACCUACCAGCACCUCCUGAUGGGGUGCUGCCCCACACAAGUGGUUCUACAGAGGUUCAGGAAGGUAUGAUGAUCACAGAUGCUUCCCUUUUUGAAACACAGAAUGGAAAGGUGAACUUUGGUGCUGGGCUCUUCAUCGAUGAAGCAGAGUUCCUUCGCAUACGCAAGGCCCGGACAGACUCUAUUUUCUGCAGGGAGCUCAUUCGGGCCUUUUGGAAGCCCAGUGAACUCUUUGGAAGGAGUGCCACUGGGCAACCGCCCAGAAGAUUCGCGAAAGAAGGUAGGCCAGCGAAGCCCUGCCUUACACCGCAAAAGCUGGAGGCCGUAAAAAAUGCAUUCCACAAGUAUGUUGAAGAUACCACGGAGAAAGGGCUGCCUGAUGCAGAAAAAAAAGCAAAGGUGCAGAGAAGGACUAGCCAAUUCAGAAAGCAUUUGUGCUACAUGCUCAAUGAUUUAAAUAAAAAGAAGCAGUAAUAUC